AUGUUACCCAGUAGCAUACUAAGGACCAGGAUUUGUCUGCAUCGCUUAUAUUCAACCCUUAAAAUCCCACAGGUGGAAAUCAAUGGUAUAAAAUACAAGACCAACCCCAAAAUCACCAACGUUACCGAUUCAAUAAUACAGCUAACCGAUAGAUCACUGCAUCUGAAAGAAUCACACCCAAUAGGUAUUCUUCGUCAUCUGAUUGAAAAGAAAUUAAACUCCAUUGACAACUCAUUCAGGAUCUUUAAUAAUUUCAAACCUGUGGUAACUACUAUGGAAAACUUCGAUUCGUUAGGAUUUCCCAAAGACCAUCCUGGAAGAUCGAAAUCAGAUACAUAUUAUAUAAACGAAACACACUUGUUGAGAACACAUACUUCUGCUCACGAAUUAGAAUGCUUUCAAAAAAUAAAGUACGAUACAGAGAACUCAAAAAGUGGGUUUCUGAUAUCCGCAGAUGUGUACAGAAGAGAUGAAAUUGACAAAACUCAUUAUCCAGUGUUCCAUCAAAUGGAAGGUGCCACAAUCUGGAAACGAGCAAAAGCCAAUGAAGGCGCCAAAGAGCCCCUCCAUAUCAAGAAGAUCCGCGAAGAUAUCAGAAAGGUGGAGGAUAAGUUAAAUAAAGAAAAUGUAAAGAUAACAGUCGAUGAUAAUACCUUACCUCUGAAAGAAGACAAUCCCAAACAGGAGUAUAUGUCCGACCUUGAGGUUGAUUUAUGUUCUCAACAUCUGAAGAGAUCCAUUGAACUGAUUGUUUCUGAAGUUUUCAAUAAAAAAAUAGCUAGCAUGAUAAAGGAUAAAGCGAAUAAUACACCCAAGGAGCUUAAAGUUCGUUGGAUUAACGCAUAUUUUCCAUGGACUGCACCAUCAUGGGAAAUCGAAGUUUGGUGGCAGGGCGAAUGGCUGGAACUUUGUGGAUGCGGUUUAAUUCGUGAAGACGUGUUACUCAGAGCCGGCUAUAAACCUUCUGAAACUGUUGGCUGGGCUUUUGGCUUGGGCUUGGAUCGUAUUGCUAUGCUCCUCUUCGAAAUACCUGAUAUUAGACUGCUUUGGAGUUCUGAUGAAAGAUUUUCAAAACAAUUCUCCAAAGGAUUGAUUACAUCUUUCAAGCCAUAUUCAAAGCACCCAGGAUCUUUUAGGGAUGUUGCAUUUUGGUUACCAAAGGAUGAACCAGAUGUUCACCAAAUUCAUGAAAACGAUCUAAUGGAAAUUAUUAGAAAUAUUGCUGGCGAUCUGGUAGAAAGUGUCAAACUAGUCGACAAUUUUACUCAUCCAAAAACUGGCAGAAAAUCCACGUGCUACAGAAUCAAUUAUCAAUCAAUGGACAGAAAUUUAACGAAUGCUGAAGUAAACGCUUUACAAGAAACGGUUUGCUCCAAAUUGAUCGAAGAGUAUGGCGUUGAACUGAGAUAA